UACUUCCGGUUGUCAGCUGAUAAAUUCCCUUUUGCUUUCCAAAACCUAUUUCGAUUUUCGCAAAAGAAAACGUCAGGCACCAUUCAACAUGGGCUUGAAAUACGCGAUCAAAAGCUAGUUAUAGCUAAAAUAUUGCUCUAAUUGUAGUGUUAUUGUUAUUAUAGUUUCCUUUUACAUGUACGUUGUGUAACUUUAUAGUCGAAAAUGGAUACGUUUAUCAUAGGAUACCUCGGUUAUGGCGUUUGUUGAUCAUUAAAAAAUUACGUUUGGUUCAUAGUUUUCUUUAUAUUUGAUGUCAGCUUUUCGUUUGUGAUCGUCUGUUUCGUUCGUGUUUAAGUGUAUUCUGAAAAUGGUGAAAGAAAAACCUAAUUCAAUUCGGAUUUACGACGAUGAAGGUUUCAGACGCCGAGCGGCGUGUAUUUGCGUGCGUUCGGACGCCGAAACAGAGGUGCUUCUUGUGACGUCGUCUCGCCGCCCAGACAACUGGAUAGUGCCCGGUGGCGGCGUGGAGCCGGAGGAGGAGCCCUCGGUGACGGCAAUGCGGGAAGUGCUCGAGGAGGCCGGCGUCAUCGGCAAACUUGGUCGUUGCCUCGGAGUGUUUGAGAACCGAGAGCACAAACACCGGACGGAGGUGUACGUGAUGAUGGUGACGCAGGAGCUGGCCGAGUGGGAAGACUCGCGGCUGAUGGGCCGCAAGCGACAGUGGUUCUCUAUAGACGACGCGCUCGCUCAGCUGGCGCUACACAAGCCCAUCCAGCGGCAUUACUUGCAACAACUGCGGCGCUCCAAACAGAACAAGAACGACGACCCCGGCAGUUAAGCUGUCCCGCUAACAUCGAAAAGGUGUUCGCCACACGCGUCAGUCAAUAUCAGCUAAUUAACAUUUAUCAUCCCCCUGAAGUUAAGGAGUAGACAAAUGUCCAAAUAAAAUAUAUUUCUAAAGUGACAAUUCGAAAAAAAGAAAUUGAUUUUUUUAUUGUAAUGAUCGAACUCAAAAAACGAUUUUAACAUUUGUUUUUUUAAUAGGAAUCAACAUUAUAUGGGUAUAUGUCAUUGUCAAAAACAUUUGUGAUCACUACAAUAAGUCAGAUUCCUAUUUGUAUAAAUGUGGUUGUUUAACAAUUGUUCUGCCAUACCUUUAGAUUAUUCUAGAAUAUUAUAUAACAAUUAUAUUCCUGAAAACAUUUGUAUUCUUGAAUAUGAGUUUAUAUUUUUUUUUAUUUAUGAUAAUGGAAUGGUA